AUGUCUCAGCAGUUGCUACUCGAUAUUUCGAGUGCCACAGCGAGAUCCAAAGGUCAGGCUCGACGUCGAAACCAGCCUACUGAGUCUGAAGGGGCCCGUAAAGCCCAGCGUAACCUCGCACGUCGUGAGCGGGCGAGAUGCAAGAUGACUGCGAGAACAGAGCAGCUUCUUCUAUCCUCAGCGCAACCCUCCCUCUACGCAGAUCGACCUCAGUACGGCGCCCCGGUAUCGAUCAACGACAAAGUGCCCCGCGAGUUGCCGGAAAUACAUCUGCAACCGCACCGCCCGGCAUUCACAGUUUUGCCAGCUCACGCAAACGAGUUCAACCUGCGAGCUCUAGCACAGUCUAGCCGAUACAUUGCUGCUCAGUCGAAGGCCCAAGAAGCAAAAGACGUUGUGCGAGACGAUUUACAACAAGUUGGGGGCGUCAGCGUUAUACAGGCACGUGAUGGAUCGCAAUCUCGGAUCACUCCCGAGGAGCAGGACCGGGACGUCGCAGAAAUCCUCGUUGAAGUUGCUAGGGAGCAGCAUCCGGCAUCAACCGUGAUGGACACUGAGACUAACUCGGUCAACACUGGCGGUGAGCCGGAGGCGGAUGCUAGUAUGGAAUACUCACGAAAGUGUCCAGUCGCAACUUGCGAGUUUCACCGUAAAGGUUUUCCGCGGAAAGCGGAAAGGGACAAGCACACAAUGACACAUUUUGAAGGCUCUUUCAAUUGGGGCUACGAACUAUGCGGCAGAUCUUAUAGUUUCGAGAUUUUAGACAACAUCGAGGACCUCAGACAUCAUGUACGCGGCUCAACUCACCUUUCCUCUUUUCGUGAGCUCGAACGCUUCAAGUGCUAUGUGUGUACUCGCGUCUUCGACCGGUCGGGCUAUCUGGAACACAUGGAUGACUGCAUGGUUCACACGGUAGAACUCGAGGCUUCAGGAAGGGCUCGAGCGUGUCCAGUGCCAUUCUGCGAUCAUCAUCUCAUGGACUUUCCUUCGAAAUACCUCAUAGGCCAGCAUUUGAUUCGGCACUAUUCAGAAUUGCUGGUAUACGGUUGGAAAAAGCUGCAGUGCCCUUGCUGUUACGACCUACAGAGAUAUUGCUCCUCAGUAGAUGAAUUCAGAAGCCAUGUGGCAAGGGCGCACAAGCCCAUUUUUGGGCGGAUCUCAUGCCCUAUUUGCCGGCAUGGUUGUGCCGACAAUACAGAGUUCUUUGAGCAUUUAGACCGCUGUAUGAUUCACCAAGUGGAGCUAGAAGCAUUUGAAGCCGACCUUUGA